CGGAUCCCUUCCCACCAAAAACACAAGCAAAACAACAAAGACUCUCUCUCUCUCUCUCUCUCUUUCUUUAUCGUAUAUUCUAUAUAUUAUCGACAGUGUAAUCUAAUUUUCACUGUCUUUGAUACUCCUCUUCUCUUUCAUGGCUCCUCUCCCUUUCUUGCCGGACCAAACCAAGUCGCAAACGCGUUUAUCUUCAGACUCACAGAAGAAGAACAGAAAGAAGAAAACGCCUACGCCUACGCCGCCGCCUCAGACGCAAACCCAAACGCAAACGAAAAAUCUGAAGCAGAAGACUGUUUCAUCAUCAUCGUCAUGGAGCCAGAUAAAGAACCUCUUGAGUUGCAAACAAAUCGAAGGGCCACGAGUGCACGACCCAUCAAAGAUAAUGUCAUCUUCUUGUGGCUCUUCUUUGUGUAAGUUCAGUGAUGUUAUUUACGGUAAUGCCCGUGUGAUUCACCGGUCUGAUCACUCGCCGGAGAGUAGCAACCUGGGUCAAGAUGCCGGGUUGUUGACCCGAAAACCCGUAACUCGUGGAUCUUCAUCUUCAGUUAGAUCCAACGGUUGUGGUGCUUACACGUCGUAUUCAUCUUCCAAGGCGAUGCACUUUAGAAAACUCUCCGGUUGCUAUGAGUGCCACAUGAUUGUUGACCCCAGCAGGUAUCCAAUAUCACCAAGAAUAUGUGCAUGUCCACAAUGUGGGGAGGUUUUUCCUAAGCUUGAAACAUUGGAGAUUCAUCAAGCAGUUCGUCAUGCCGUGUCGGAAUUGGGGCCAGAGGAUUCAGGACGAAACAUAGUGGACAUCAUCUUCCAAUCUAGCUGGUUACGAAAAGACAGUCCUAGCUACAAGAUCGAACGGAUAUUAAAAGUCCACAACACUCAGCGCACGAUCCAACGUUUUGAAGACUGUCGCGACGCAGUCAAGUCCCAUGCACAUGCUUCCACAAGAAAAGAGCCACGAUCAGCCGCAGACGGCAACGAGCUCCUCCGUUUCCACUGUACCACCGUUUCAUGCUCUCUCGGCUCUCGCGGUUCGACCUCUCUCUGCUCCAACGUCCCUGGAUGUCGCGUUUGCACCAUUAUCCGACACGGCUUCCACGCCAAAACGCUGCGUUUAGGAGGUGGGUCCAAUGAGAUCAAGGGCGUGAGGACCACGGCGAGCAGUGGAAGAGCACAUGAUGCAUUGAGAUGCUUUGACCAGCGGAGGGCGAUGCUUGUUUGCCGUGUCAUCGCAGGAAGAGUGAGGCGCGUGCAAAGUGACGCGCCGGAAGAUGAAAAUGGUUCUGGCUCGUAUGAUUCUGUUGCGGGUGCCCCUGGUGUCUACACAAACCUUGACGACUUGGUUGUGUUUAAUCCUAAAUCCAUACUUCCAUGCUUUGUAGUUAUCUACAAAGUCUCCGAGCCUUAACAAAAAGAGAUUGUAACUUUUCAAGAUUUGGAUUUGUAAGUUUUUAGUGGAAUGUGUGAAGCAAUGGAUUGUAAUAUUUAGAAGGAUAUUAAUUAGCAUUAUUAAUUAUGUACAAUUUUGGCGGUGUGGCCUAGUCAAAAGAGUGGAAGACUAGUGUGUCUCCAUGUCUUGACGUUUCAUUAUAUGAUUUCAAUUUGACGUACAUGUUCCUUAAGAAUAUAAAAAUUACUUUUU